CUCGAGUGGGAAUGUCUGGAAUGUGAUCAAACAAUUUAAUACACUGACUAUUGUUAGGGCGAAUAUUUGAUUUUAUGUAGAAAGGAUUCAAACGUGCAGUGAGAACUGCAACAUUAUCAACAGAUAUAAGAGAGAUAAUUAGUUGAUUGUGACGUACAUCAAUUGUUACUGCCGGUAACAGUUUUCAUUGAUAAGAACGAGAGAAUCCGAACGUGUCGGCAGACGUAGUGUUGUUAUAUCGGGUUGUAUCUGUAGAAGGAUGGAUUAAAUCAAGAUGAAGGAUGUAAACGACGAGUUUAAACUAUAACAUUGAAAUGAACCAGUUUAGUUCACGAUAUUUGGUGGCAGACUUUAUUAACGACCGACUUCGUAAACAUGGAAUGCGGUGGGACAACUGUCCUACGUUAGACUUGCCACCAUCACAAAUUCAGCUCAAAUUACGAUCACUUGGAGAUGAAUUCCAAGAAAGAUUUCAGACUCAGUUUGACGAUAUGGUCAAUCAGUUACACAUAACUGAGGCUACUGCAUAUCCAACGUUUCAAAGAGUUGUUCAGGAAUUAUUUAUUGAUGGAAAUAUUAACUGGGGAAGGAUUGUGGCUCUUUUCGGUUUUGGAGGGUCUUUGUCAGUGAAAUGUGUACAAAGAGGAAUGCCACAACUUGUGGAUUCAAUUGUUGACUGGGUAUCUACCUAUUUGUGUAAUAGUUUAGAGCAAUGGAUUACAGAUAACGGUGGUUGGCAAGGAUUUGUGGAAUUCUAUAACCAAGGACAGAAUCAUAAUGACAGUCCAUGGGAUGUGAAAGGACUUGUUAAAUAUGGAGCAAUAGGUGUAAUAGGCGCAAUGGCGUUAAGUGCUUUUCUACAAAGAACGUGAAAAUGCCUUGAUUGGCAUAUUGUUGUUGUUUUGUUAUUGUUAUCAGGUUAAAUGGAUGAAACUGGUGACUUCAUUGGAUGUAUAACUACAGUGGAUGAUGAAGAAGGAGCUAAGGAGAAAGACUUGACUAUUACUAGAGCAUGUGUCAGAAUGGAAGCUUAAGACUAUAGGGAUUUAGUUCCAAAUAAUAAAUAAUCUUAAUAAAGGAGUAAGAAUAUAUUUUGAUGUUACAUUUAAAGAAAAAACUUUUGUUAAUACUGUUUAUCAAGUUUAUUGAACUUUUUUGGAGUUAAGAAUUAUUUGAAAAUAUGGAAAAUCCAAGUUUUGAUGUUGUGACUUUGUUUGUAAACUGUGUUUUAAGGUACAAGUUUUAAAUGACCAAAUUGCAUAGACAAGUUUCAUGUUUAUUUAUUUUAAAGGGUAGAUUUGAAAUACAUGUAUAUGUAUCAACCAAUUAUCUACUGUAGAUUUUGUUUGGUCUUUGUCACAACUGAAACUAAGUUUAAAGUAUAGGUGAUGAAAUUUACAUCAGAAUAAGUGCGCAAAUAAAUUCAUAAAUGUCAAAAUUUCUAAAUUUAAUGUACCAAAAACUUAAAUUUAGAAGACAUCUUUCCCACAUAAAUCAACUGUUAUUUCCUCCGCCUUUUGUCCUUACACAAUAUAUAAAAUGUUAUAAAACUGAAACUUAAAUCGUAUGUACAUGCUAUAACAAGAAAGUAUGAAUCAUUUGCAUUUUUUUAAGCAGGAUGUAUAAAUUUGUUGUUGUUUGAUAUUACAUGGACUUCAGGAAUGAAUAAUAGGGCAAGGCAAUGGCUGUCAAUCAGAAAGUUAAAAUGUAUAAUAGGAAAAAAAAUCAAUUGAUGAAUUUUUGGAUUAUUUCAAAAAUUGUUCAAUAUUUUUAAUAAGAAUUCACAUCUCUCGGAGAAUUUGUAACACCUUUUUGCCAUUCCUUAAACAUGCAAACUCCAACUGACUUUAAUCGAGAAGAAGGUUAUUAUAUUAAAUGGUAUUAAUUAAUUUUUAAAAAAUAUGCCACCUAAAGGUAAACAUUGUGAAUGAAAUGUCAUGUACAGUUUCUUUCAUCAAAGUUUCCUUUUCUUGUUAUAAAUUUUAAGCUUAAAGGCCUAAGUUGAAAGAAAUCAAUUUUGUUCAAGAGCAGAAUUUAGAUAACAACAGAAUAGCAUGUAAUGAAAUAAACCAAUUUGAUUCUUAAUUCGAAAAUCUGCUAUUAACAAUAAUCAAGCCAUCUGACAAACUGUUAUUUAUUGAUUUAUAGUAGAAAAUGUUGCUGGAUUUGUUCUUUAUUUACAGUUUACAGUUAAAACUUCUUAAGAAUAUGUAUUGUGAUAAAACAAUUAGGUUAGGGUAUAAAGAUUCGUAUUUUUGCAGCUUUUUCCUGUUAAUCAGUUCAUUUUUUUUUUAAACUGUGUUUUCUCUCUAUGUGUUUUUAAUAAAGAUUUGUUAGAACUAUAAUUGAAACAGAAAGAAUCAAACUUUUUACACUAAUAUAAAUACUUGACCUUUUAUGUAUAUAUGGGCAUUGUAAAUGGAUUUUCCAAUGCACUUUUAUUUACUACACAAAAUAACCUACAAUGAUCUCACGUUGCCCAUUGUUUUAGUAAAUAGUUUACUGUUUUCAUUUUGUCAAAGAACCAUUAUUGUUUUAAAAUAUGGGCGUAAAUUUUGGCAUCCAUAUAUCAAUUUCAAAUCUAAAUAUAGAUUUAGGAUUUUCAUACAUUUGUGUAGGUUUAAAGGAAAUUUACAGAGAACAUUUCCUUGUAACUUUUUACAAAAAGACUUGUUUUACAAGGUCAGGAAAUUACUCCAAAGGUCAAGGUUAAUAUGUUUGUUAACCUCUUGGGGAUACUUCAUUUGAUUAAAGAAAACAUAAACUGAUGCAUAUCAAAUGUUUGUUAAAGAUAAGAUGGAUCAGAUAGGGCACACACACAAACAAAUACUCAGGCAAAAUUCCUAGAACAAGAGAAAUAAGUCAUUUGAAAAUUGAAAUAAUCCAUUAAAAGGAGUUUAUGUAAGGACUUUCUCUGACAGAUGUAAAUGUAUGCCUGUUGUUUGGGAGUUACCAUAUGGAUGUGUUAUUUAAACUUAACAUAUGCUUUAAACACUUGAUUUUGUCCCAUGAUAUACACCUUAGUAAAAUUCUAAAUUCUACUAGUCACAGUAAAUAUGAACCCUUCUCAUUGUUCCCCAUGAAGUCAGUUUUAUUUUUCCAUUUUACUUUGAAUGUUAUACUUGCAUUUCUAAGGCAGUGAAGCAGAAAGUUGUUCAGAGAGUGGUCAGUUGGUGUAGAUCUAACAGUGAGUGGUCAGUUUGGGUAGAUCUGACAGAGAGUGGUCAGUUUGACUGGAUUUAACAGAGAGUGGUCAGUUUGAGUAGAUCAAGAGUAAAAGUAUGCAAGUUAAGACUGUUGAUUGUGUAUUUGUGUUUAUUUCAUGUUUUCAUGUCAUCAUAUUUUCCCUUUAAAUCAUAUAUGUUGUUAUCUUUGGCAGCAAGACUUUGUAUUCAUUUCUCUAAAAUAACUUAGUGUCUCUGAUUACAUUGAACAUUAUUUACUGUAAAAAUGUUUGUUAAAAGAUUUAUAUUUUUCACUUUUAUAGGCUAGUAGAAUUUAAAGAUCAUAAUUCGGGAUGUAUAGUCCUGUUAUGAAUAUUUGAAUAUUACAUAAUAUAAGUCACCAAUAUUACACAAUCUCCUUCUAAAGUUUUACAUGAGGCAAUUUAAGGUUAACCUAAUGUCCUUGUUAUUUUGUAAGUUUUUGCCAUCACUAAUUAUGAUAAUAGGGUUAUUGCAGGAAUAUGUGUUAAUACUAUUGCUCAUGAAAUACCAAAUACACUCGUUUAAAACUAACUUUCCCUCUAAAAAUAAAUAUUCACCCAAAUAUUUGUACAAUAUUCCUAUAUAUUAUGAAAGCAGGACUGAAGUGGUUAAAUCUAAAUUAAGAACUUUUGCAUUUAUGUACUUUACAAGGUUGAAAAACUGAAACUAUAAUGUGUAAUGCAUUUGCUUUAAUGGGUUUUUGUAACAUGCACAAAAGCCUGCACAUUAUAUUUCAAUAAUUGCCUUUGAGAUGUAUAAUCUAUGGAUUAAUAAGAUAACUAAUGUAAAUCUCAAAGUGAAAUUUUGCAGUAAAGUUGUAAAAGAAGUAUUGAUUUAUGAAAUUGUAGCCCUAAGAAUUUCUUAUUGGUAUGCAUUCAUUAAUAUUAGAAUAGCUUCAAGCUCGAUCCCUCAUGUAACAUGCAUGCAUUGUUAAAUAUCGAUACUACUGCGACAUAUUCAUUCAUAACUUAUUCAUUAACCAUGAUAUUUAUUAUUAUUAUGUCCAUGAUCAUGCUAAAACUUUAUUUUUUACCUUUUUUUUUCUAAAAUUUUACCAUGAAUGUGAAAAACAAAUUGAGGUCGAAAAUGAGUCAUGUGGAAAAUUGAGAAUGAAGAUUGAAUUCAUUCAUAAGUAGAAACACUUUAAUUUUUGCAGCAUUUACAAAAGUGAAGUAUAGGACACAGUACUUCCUGUAAUCAGUUAUGGUAUAAACAAUAAAAUAUGGUUCGAUUAUUUUAAUUGCCUUUUAAUUCAAUAAAUAUUUUGAAGUCCAUAUAUGGACACACAUAUUGUCAUAAGCUUUAAUCUUGAUGUAAAUGCUUAUCCACUAAGUUUUGAGUUAAGAAUUUUGAUUGGGGGGAAAUCAUAUGUGCAUGUAAGCAAAGUUACGUUUCGAUGAAAUUGUCUCCCUUGUAAUAAUUGUAAAGUAGGACACUUUUAGAAAACUGUUUUUAGAAUGAUAACUUUGACAAGUCAGGUGGAACUGUUAAAAACUGUAAAAAUGUAAAUAUUGACUUGAUGUGAUAGUGUAGUUAAGGAGAGGAAAAACAUCAAAUUAGAGAUAGACCAUUUUGUUUAUUGGACAUUUUUUAAGGAUAUUAUUUUGUUGUUUUGAAUUCUGUUCCUUAUUUUAUCUAAUGCUUUCACACCAAGCAUAAAGUUAAUGAUAAUAUUACAUUGAUAAAAGCUUAAGAAAUAGUGCUAGCAGUUGUCAAGUUUACACAAUAAACGUUUGUAUACUAAUGGCAGAACUUACAUGAUAGAAAACACAAUUUGGGGGAAUAUGAUAUGGUUGAUUAUUUUCUGAUAUCUGAUAAAAAAAUUGGGAAGAGGGGGAGGGUAUUGGUUAGGUAAGGCUUUUAUUUAUAAUUGAUACUAAAGUUCACUAAAACUUUGUGUGUAUAAAUAGGGUAACUUUAAAUUUGGAACUGAUAAGAUACAUAAAUCUACUUUCUCAUUCAAUCACAUAUUUGCUUAUUUUUGAUUGGUCAGAAAAGGAGUCAUAAAAGAUAAUUUUUAUCUGUCCUUCAGUUUUUUUAUGACCAUUGUAUUUAUUUGUUUACAAGUGUCAGAUGACUAUUGUUUGUGAUAUAAGGUAUGAAUGUUGUAAAGAAGGAUCAUUGUAUGAUCUGAAAUCAGAUGUGAGAAAUAGAAAGAAGAAUGAAUAUAUACAUUUAUUUUGUGCUUGAUUAAAAUGAUGUAUAACAGUA